AUGCUACGGGCUCAGAAGGAAGAGAGGUUGGGAGACAAUGAACUUACAAACAUAAAAGUACUUACGGAUCUGUGGACAGAAGAGGUAUUGAAAUCUAAUCAUGAGAUUGAGAACCAAACUGUGCAAGCAGAGAAUUUUGACUACUUCUUUGGACCGCAGCUAUCUCCGGUAUGCGCAGUCGUGGGGGGAUUGGCUGGGCAAGAAGCGAUCAAGGCCAUGUCAGAGAACGAACGUCCCCUCCAAAACAUCUUCAUAUACUCCGCACUCGACUCAACUGCGAUGCUCAGACCAGUAAAUUAUUUCGACAGAUCAACAGUUUACGUCAACGUUUUGGACGUUGUAGCCAUUUGUGUUGAACAAAUUCGGAAUUCUGGUUCAGAAAUGGGGUUACGCAUGACGAUGGGACACCCCAUGACGAUCAUGGCCGGCAAUAUUGUUUAUGAGAUCUUCUAG